AUGCUGGAGUGGCAGCGGGUUCGUGAGUUGAUUCGAGCCGACAAGUUGGAGCAGUUGGUGAGGAGCGAGAAGGUGACUGAGGCGUAUCGCAAACACAAGUUGGAGUGCGAUGUGCAGCAAUACGUCUUGGAGAACUUGAAUUGGUCCCCCUCGGAGGUCCGGCGUUUGAAUGAUGAAGGCGUAAAGUUCUUUAGUGAUCGUUCGCUGUACACUCUUACCCAGAAUGAUUACCCUUACGAUUUUGAGCCCACUAUUCAUCAUUUGAUUAUCUGGUCAAAAAUUUACAUACCUCUGUACAACGACAAAAACGAAAAAAAUGACAAAGUGGAAGAGGAGCUAGAUAAUUUCGUUAACGAGCACAUAGCGAAGUUUGCGCUUCCUGCUGAUGAUUACAUAUGGUUUAUGAACACCUCGCCUUUACAAAGUAUCAAGAAUAUCUCUCAUCUGCAUCUUCUUGUCAAAGUCCCCGUUGAUCAAGAGAACGUCGUGGAACAGAUCCUGCAAAAUUUUUGA